UCAAUGGGGCUGGGAUUCCAUGGAAUAUCAUCCCUAGCCUGGCCGUGGCACGUCUCCUCCGUUCCUCAGACAUGCGUAUAUCUUACGCUCCUCGACUCGGCCUGUCAAUACUGGGGGAGAGAGCACACUCACUCAGCUCCUACCUGUUCCCUCUGGCACAGUCCGACGGAGUCUGGACCAGUGUGUCUCUGUCUCUGUCUCUGUCUCUUUCUCCCUGGACCCUGGAUCACCUGGAUAGGAAUCCCCAAGGGAGCAUAUCGGAUCAGACCUAACACGCCAACCUUAUUAGACUGUUGUUCAUAACCCACAAGGAUGGACAAGAAGCCGUCCGGGCAGCACCCGACAGGGUCGUUGCAAGCCAAUGGCCCUCUCUCACCACCACUUACCCCAGCGCUGAACGUUAAUGGCGGCAGCCUUGGUAUUCUGGACGGCGACGCCACCGCGACCAACAGGGUGUUCCACAAUGCCCGCCCCGUGUCUCCAGACCCGAGCAGCUCCCACGCGUCCCUGAACCCGUCCCCGUCCAGCAGCCCCAGGCCGCGGCACGCGUCGCCCUUCCCAACGCGGGACACCUCCCUCCCCUCGUCGCAACGGUCGGCCUCGCCCUGCCCGCCCCCUCCGACGUACAAGCUCCACGACGAUGACGCGCCCGCGGUUCCCUCCCCGCGUCGCCGCGGCAGUGCCCAACCCAAGAUGCGCCAUUACAGCGACGGCAGGGAGGAGGCGCAGGCCUUCCCGCGGCUGUCCAAGCCGGUCGAGCUGCUCCGCACCUCGUACGACGUGGUCGUCAUCGGGUCCGGAUACGGCGGCGGCGUGGCGGCGUCACGCAUGGCGCGGACGGGCGAGUCGGUCUGCCUGCUGGAGAGGGGCAAGGAGAAGUGGCCCGGCGAGUACCCCAGCAGCACGCUCGACUCGUUCAAGGAGCUGCACUGCUCGGGCGUGCUGGCGCCGGGGGCGCUGAAGGGCAAGAUGGUCGAGGGCGGCGAUCCGACGGGCUUGUUCCAUCUGGUGUUGGGACGCGGCCAGAGUGCUGUUGUUGCCAAUGGACUUGGCGGGACGAGUUUGAUUAAUGCAAAUGUGUUUAUGGAGGCGGAUAAGGAGACCUUGGCCAUGCCGGCUUGGCCGCCUGAGCUCAGGGAUAAUGUGGAUGAACUGGACAAGUACUACGAAAAGGUGGCGGAAGUGCUCCAGCCCGAGGAGUACCCGGCCGAGUGGCCCGAGCUGGCCAAGGCAAAGCUGCUCCAGAAACAGGCCGAGGCCAUCAACAUGGGGGGCAAGUUCAAGAAGGUGCGGCAGACAACGCGUUUCAUCAACGGGCCCAACAGCGUUGGCGUCGAAAUGAAGCCGUCGUCCCUGACUGGGCAAGACACCACGGGCGUCAACGACGGGUCCAAGAACAGCACGCUGGUGACCUAUGUUGCCGACGCCUGGAACUGGGGCGCCGAGAUCUUCUGCGAGUGCGAGGUGCGCUACAUCGAGAAGAUCGGGAAGGACGAGGGCUAUCGUGUCUACUUUGCCUGGCAUGGCCGCAACAGGGGGCUGUUCAAGGCGAAUCUGCACGGCGACCUCAUGUGGGUCGAGGCGAAGAAGGCCGUCUUCCUCGGUGCCGGGGCCAUCGCCUCGACCGAGAUCCUGCUCCGGAGCAAGGCCAUGGGGCUCGAGAUGAGCGACAUGGUCGGCCAGAAUAUGAGCGGGAACGGAGACAUGUUGGCGUUUGGAUACAACACACGUGAGACGGCCAACGCCGUCGGACGGGAGAAUCCGUCGCCAUACAACCCGAUCGGCCCUACCAUCACAAGCGUGAUCGACUGCCGGGAAGGCCACGACAACCCCCUGGACGGCUAUGUCAUCGAAGAAGGCGCCAUUCCGCAUGCACUCUCCCACUUCUUCCAGGCGAUGCUGGAUCUCAUGCCGGGGAAGAGGGAGCCCAAGAAUGAAUCCAUCGUCGAGAAGACCCAGGCGGCGCUGGCACGAUACGGCAGCAGGUUCCUCGGGCCCUACCUCAAGAACGGAGCUGCGGAGCGGACGCAGGUCUAUCUCAUCAUGUCCCACGACAGCAACCAAGCCGUCCUCACCCUCAAGGACGACAAGCCUGUGCUGGAGUUUCUCGGCGUCGCGCGCAGCCAUCACGUCAAGAAGCUCAACGAAGUGCUCGAGAGGGCUACGGUAGCGGUCGGGGGCACCCUCGUCCAGAGCCCUUUUUACGAGCUGCUGGGCCAGCAAAUCACGGUGCAUCCCAUCGGGGGAGCAUGCAUGGCCCGAGACAACACAGGUAGGACGGGUGUAACCGACCACGUGGGCCGGGUGUUCACGGGGAGGGGAAGCGAGACAUACGACGGCCUCAUCGUCACGGACGGCUCGGUGAUCCCCACGGCGCUGGGCGCCAACCCCUUCGCCACGAUUGCGGCGCUGGCGGAGCGCUCUGUCGAGGCGUAUACCAAGCGCAAGGGGCUGACCAUCAGCACGGAGAAGAACGGCUUCCUCAACCUGCGCGGCGAGCCGCAGCACGCGCCGAAGCACGACGAGCCGCGGCAGAAGCGCGAGAAGGCCAAGAUCAUGGAGGAGCAGGCGAGCAUCGACACGGCGCACAAGGUGAUCCGCACUGCGCGGGACGUCUGCGCGAGCGGCUUCGGCUUCACCGAGGUCAUGUCGGGCUUCCUCCACUACGACAGGGAUGCGGUCGGGGACGACAUGGAGACAUACGAGCUCGCGCAUCGCAGGGCCAAGUCGCUGUGCGAGACGGCGCGUUUCUUCCUGAGCAUGCAGGCGUUUGACACCGAUGAGCUGGUGCACCACGCACAGCACCGGGGCGUGCUCACGGGCACGUUCGUCUCGCCCGUCAUCCCGGGCUCGCCAUUCAUGGUGCACCGAGGCGAGUUCAAUCUCUUCAUCCUGAACAACAAGGCGCCCGGCACCAAGAACCUGACGUACGACUUCGACAUGACGGGCGUCAACGGCCGCAAGCUGCACUUCCACGGCUACAAGGUGGUCGACUCGUCGGUGGCCCUGGCGCCCUUGCGGUUCUGGAAGGCCACCAGCACGCUGUACGUGACCAUCAGCGAGCACGUGCCGGGCAUGUGCGCCGAUCUGGACGACGAGGAUGCCUGGCGCCGCGGCACCGUCCUCGCCAAGGGCAUCAUGCACAUCCAGCCGGCCGACUUCGUCUCGCAGCUCAGCACCAUGACGCCGACGGGCAGCAGCCUGCUGCGCAAGGCCGUCAGCGCCGCCAGCUUCCUCACUUACUUCACCCGCAAGUCGCUGUCGCUCUUUCUGUCGCCCCUGACCUCGCUGCAAUAUCCCAUCCAGAACGCCAGCGGCUUCUUCAACGACACCCCGCCGACCCGGUCCUUCAACAUCAAGGCCGAGGACGGGGUCUGGUCGCGCAUGCACAUGUGGGAACCCACCCGCGUCCCCGGCAACGACGACAGGAACAUCCGCAACCUCUUCAUGAUCCCCGGCGCCUCCGUCGACCACCAGAUCUACGCCCUGCCCACCAUCCCCUACAACGCCGUCAACUACUUCACGCGCGCCGGCUACCGCGUCUUCGUCACCGUCCACCGCAUCUCGCAGCUCAUGACGGCCGGCAGCGAGUGGACGACCUACGACGCCCGCCUCGACCUGCGCGCCUGCCUGGAUACAAUCCGCGACAUGUACGGCAGGGACAAGAUCUACACGGUGGCACACUGCAUGGGCAGCGUGGCCUUCGCGUCGGGCCUGCUGGACGGCACCAUCCCGGCCGACUACAUCCUCGGCAUCACCUGCAGCCAGGUCUUCAUGAACCCGGUGUGGGGCCCGGCCAACAUGGCCAAGGUCAUGGCGGGCCCCCUGCCGCUCGACCGGCUGUACAGCCUCUUCGCCGGCAGCUGGUUCAGCUGCAGCACGUCGCCCAACGACUCGCUCGUGCAGCACGCCGUCAACCAGCUGCUGCGCCUGUACCCGCAGUCGCGGCGCGAGAUGUGCAACAACGCGGCCUGCCACCGCACCUCGCUCGUCUUCGGCCGGUGCUGGAACCACGCGAACCUGAACGAGGCCACCCACCGCCAGAUCGACCGCUUCUUCGGCGGCGUCAACAUGCGCCUGCUCAACCUGCUCAUGAAGAUGGGCUUCGACGGCCACGUCAUGACCAACGCGCCCGCCUACGAGCGCCUGACCACCGAGAAGAACAUCGAGAGGUUGAAGGGCAUCCCCAUCCUGCUGUGGGUGGGCCGCGACAACGCCGUGCUGUCGCCCGAGGCCACCGAGCGCACCUACGAGACGCUGUGCAACAUGUUCGAGGACGGCGAGUACAAGCGGAAGGUCGUGCCCGGGUACGGCCACCUCGACGGCUGGAUGGGCCGCAAUGCCUGGAAGGACGUGUACCCCUUUGUGCGGGAGGAGGUGGACCGCGUCACGAGGGGCGCCGACUACCGGUUCGAGGAGCCGGAUGAUCGCUUCAAGGCCAUGGUCCACAGCGGGGAGCUGUUGUACUGAUUGGAAGGCGCCUAAUGUGUAACAGGAGUUGGAUGGUUGGCGUUUUUCUCUUUUAUGCUUUUCUUUUCUUCUUUUUUUGGAUACCCCCCCGGAACACUCUCGUUUUGAUAACUGAGAUGUUCGAAGUUGGAUCUUGCUUUUGGGUAUUAUUGGUCCCGGUGAUUUCUCUUCUCUCUACACUACGGAUAUAUACUGG